AUGACGGAGCUUCGCCCCAUCGCCGUGCAGACACUUCAAACUGCAAUUGCAGGCUCUGCAUGUUCUCUUGUCGUCUUAUUGUUGAAGUUCUUUUCGCGGUACCGCUCCAAGAGUGAUUUUGGUGCAGACGAUGCGCUGGUAGCUCUCGCGUGGCUGAUCACUAUUCCCCUCGCCGUGUCGUUCUACAUACAGGGUAAAAAUGGAAUGGCAUACAGCACGGAUGAGAUCCCCCUCAAUGUCUACCUUACCGGAAGACAGUGGUUCUGGGCUUCAUCCUGGAUGUACUACCUUGGUCUGGGCCUCUCAAAACUGAGUGUGACGGUACAAUUUUUCCGCAUAUUCGUCACACCAAAGACACUGCUCGUCACCAAGUGCACUAUCGCUUUCGUCAUGUCCUGGACCAUCAUAUCCGUUUGUGUCGCGGCAUUCGAGUGCAUUCCAACAGCUCGGUACUGGGACAAACGCAUCCCGGGAAAGUGCAUAAACGGCAGCGAUACUUUUCUGGCCAAUGCCUCGAUGAACAUCCUGACAGACUUCAUCAUCAUCGGCAUCCCGGUUCCCAGCCUGUUCAAGCUGCAAGUCAGCAUCGCCAAGAAGAUCGGCCUGAUGUUCGCCUUCUCGCUGGGCCUUGUCGUCUGCGCAAUCUCAAUCGCGCGCAUUCCGAUGGUCAUUCUCGCGUUCCGUUCGGGCAAGCCGGGCAACCAGUCGCUCAUGAUGUGGUCCACCAUCGAGCUCCACGUCGCCAUCGUCUGCGCCUGCCUGCCGUCUAUCCGGCCGCUCUUCGUCUCCUUCCUGCGCUUCACCGGCAUCGAUUCCUACCUGAAAACCAUCACGCCGACCAGCAUCGGGGCAAAGUCGAGCAGUGCCCGGAAGAUGGGAUAUGGACGCGGUCGUACUGCGACGGGUGGCAGCACUGUUGUGAGCGCAGGAAGGAGGGGAGGGGCUAGGGUAGAGUAUAUCGAGAUGGAAGAGGGCAUGGGAGACUCGAUUCAGGUGCAGAGAAGUGUGGAGGUGAAGUCGGAGGUGUACCAAGGGACGGAGAGCAGGUCGAGUAGGAAGAGCGAUGAGGAUAGCAUUGAUAGCACGGCUGUGGCUCUGGGCCCGACCGUCAACAUUACAAACGGCACACUUGAAGGCAUUCAUUCCUCCCAAUAUGACCAAGACUUCUUCUUGGGCAUUCCUUUCGCUGAGCCUCCGAUUGGGAAUCUGAGGUUCCGAGUCCCCAAGCCAUUCAGUUCCGCAUGGAAUGAUGUGAAACCGGUAACGACUUAUUCGAAGGAGUGCGUUGGCUAUGGCAAUGAUCAACUGAAUUUCGAGACGUCCGAGGACUGCCUAUUCCUGAAUGUUGUCCGUCCAGCCGACAUCGACCCCAAUGAGCCUCUUCCCGUUGCUGUCUGGAUCCAUGGCGGCAGAUUCACUCAGGGGGGCGGUGUUGACCAGCGUUACAACAUGUCUUUCACUAUCCAGAACGCGGUCGAGAUCGGUAAACCCUUUAUUGGUGUCACUCUAAACUACCGUCUCAGUGCCUGGGGAUUUUUGAUGGGGGAGGAGGUCGAAGCCAGCGGCAACGGAAACCUCGGACUUCGUGACCAACGUCUUGCUCUUGAAUGGGUGCAGGAGAACAUUGCAGCAUUCGGAGGCGACCCAACGAAAGUUACCAUUUUCGGAGAAUCUGCGGGAGCCAUGUCGGUAGGCUUUCAGCUUGUUGCAUAUGGCGGGCGCGAUGACAAGCUCUUCAGAGCAGCCAUUAUGCAAUCAGGGUCUCCCGUGUACUACUACAACCUCAACGAUAGUUCGGCGCUGGAGCCGAAGUAUCAGUCCCUCCUUGCAGAUACUGGCUGCUCCGACCUGGCUUGCCUCCGCUCUUUGCCAUUCGAGGACUUGAAUGACGUCUUAAACCAAACCAAGUUCAUUACAUGGGUCCCAGCAAUUGACCACGACUUCAUUCAAGAUUUUACCUCAACACAGCUAGUCACUGGCAACUUCGUCAAGGUCCCCAUAAUAGCCGGCACGAACACCGAUGAAGGUACAGCCUUCAGCCCGCUCGGCAUCGACACUGAAACCGACUUCAUCAACGUACUCACCUCCCUCGACAUCCCCGGCUACUUCAUCCCGCAGAUCCUCUCACUCUACCCCGAUGAGCCCGCCAGAGGUAUCCCAGGCUCACCACCCCUCCCUUCCGAUUUCCGGUUCAGUCUCCCCCAAGGCGCGCAGUACCGCCGCAGCGCAGCGUUCUUCACCGACUACACAUUUGUCGCGAGCCGCCGCCUGACGUGCCGGGCGUGGGCAAUGCAGAACGUCACCGCAUACUGCUACCGCUUCAACGCGCAGCCGGCAAGCGUGACGUGGCAGCGCGGCGUCACGCACUUUGCGGAAGUUCCGUUCUCGUUUUACAACCUGCUCGGCGUCGGGUUCGAGGGCGUGAAGAACCCAUUCGAGGGGAAGCCGGCGAGCUAUGCGGAGCUGGCGAGGACCAUGGCUAGCAUGUGGGCGGCGUUCAUAGUGGAUCUGGAUCCGAACAGGUACGAUGAUGACGACGAGGCGUUGGUGACGGCAUCGGGGGUGCACGGUGAGGAGGCGGAGGAGGUGGCGGAGAGGAUGGGGGGUCCGUGGGGAGGUGGCCCUGGCGGUCGUGCCGCUGCUGCCGCCCUGUGGCCGAAGUAUGAUCUGGGCGACCCGAGGGAUUUCGUGUUCGACGCGAACGUCACGAGCUUUGUGGAGAUGGAUACGUAUAGGGCUGUCGGGGUUGACAUGAUCAAUGCCAACGCUGCAGCCGUUUUCGGACGUUGA